GAAAAGUUGCCGUUUCCUCAUCGAAUCGCAAUGCCGUUGCCAACGGUGUUGAUAAACGUGAAAGCAACUUAGUGGAGCUUCUGCGCUGCGGAUCUGCGGUCCCGGGUCCGAAAGAGUCGCGUCUGAGAUACUCCUACUGUCACCGACAGACCAUGGGUGAAGGUUUCCAGCUGAAACUCCUUGACACUGUGCCAUAAAACCAGAGCACCAACACCGACGUCUCCGCAAGGAGGGAUGUUCUUCCGGAAGCCAACAUGAAGACAGAAAAUCCACAGUGGGAUGCGCUGGAAGGAUGACUUUAAAAUAUUCUUUGUAUUUUCUCUCUCUUAUUUAUGUGGCGACUGGCAUUGGAGUCGCACAAGAAGAAGAGAACGAGGAAUUUGAAAUCCGCAAAGACCUCCUUCCAGUCGACCAGCCGGUCAUCACUGUUUCGCAGAAUCAGUCUGGUUCCCUCGUUGUUCAGCUAAAGGGCGACAUGAAGCUUAAAAAAGAAUAUGCCGACCAUCAUAAAUAUAGGAUCUUCUACAAGAAAGACAACGGGGAAUUCAAGCUUUAUGAUGACGUCUUGACCAAAAAUACUCAUGUGGUCAUGAAAAACCUGCAGGCAGGUGUGAAGUAUUGCUUUCAGAUGCGCUACAUUGUUUACCACAAGUCCAUCAAGGACGUCAAUGACAGCACCGUGGAGUGCGCCGUCAUCACAGAGAAACAGGAGAGCAGGAUGAACAGGAUCCUCUGGGUGUUAACGAUCACUGGGGUCCUGGGCGUUCUGCUGGUCGCUUGCUGCAUGUGGGUGGUCCUCAAGAACUAUUCGAAGGUGAAGCGAGCCCUUCGCCCCCCGCUAGACGUGCCGGAUCACAUCCGCGAGUUCCUCAGCGAGGAGGAGUUGCCCAAAGACUGGCUGAAAUCCAACUCCGGCCCUGACUCAGAAAACACCUGCGACAGCAUCUCGGUGAUGACCAGCGACAAUUCCAAUUGCACAUCGGGCAGCUCGUCUCCCAGGACACACUUUUACCUGGGAAGAACCACUACGUGUUAACUGCCUAAAAUGUCCUUCUGCUUCCAUUUGGAGAACAGCCAAGCCCCAGCCAAUGAGCGCCUCUAGUCGCAUCGAGUCCCAUUGGCGUCACUUAUCCCCUCAAUGAGGAACUGUAUGAACAAUGUGCCAGUCAUUGCUCCCAGAUGGGGUAAAAGGUCACAUUUGGACUGCAGUUACGAACUGCUCUAACGUGGGGCCUCCAAUCCUGAUCCUUUACGAAGACCUACUGAAGAGCAGCUGGUUAAGGAAAACUUUAGGGUCUCCGAAGGCUUUGUGACCACCCAUCUAGGGCCUCAGCUACUGGAGACCUUUUUAUACAGCUUCAUAAGCUCACAUUAAGUAUGAAGUUCUGUCACCUCAUGAAAUGGAUCUACUGCAUUCUCACCCAUGAACCCUACCUGAGCACAUUGAAGGAAGGACUUGAAAUGCUGUGGAGCUGGGAAACAAGCACUCCCACAUCGUUUAAGUUUUAUAAACCUCUAUGUUCUUGUGAACAAGAUGAGAAUGGACCUGAAGAGGGUGAAGGAUGUGCUCUUUUUCUUCUCCUGAUCAUUUGCCACAUCAAGCAGGAAGGGUCAGGGUGGGGGGCUGAAGGGUUAAAUUUAAAAUUUUGCUAAUCACUAGUUUAGCCCUGUGAUUGACUGGCAUCUCAUCCAGGAUGUACACAUGUCCCCUCACACCCCAUGACAGACUCUGGAUCACUGUGACUCUGCAUGAGGAAGCAGUUAUUGAUGAUGGAUAUUUCUAGUUUUUUUUUGCUACCACAAGAACCUUUGUAAAAGUCAGUAUUUUCCCACUUUAAACCUGGUAAAUCAUGUCCACUGGAGCAAGAUGUCCAAUUCAACCAGCUCAGUGCACUUUAAGCGUAAUUUUGCUCAAUAAAACAUGAAGGUUCACACUA